GUCAGGAAGUGUCCAGCAUAAGCUACAGCACUGUUGUGUUGUUUCCAACUUUGAUGUUUGCCGGCUUUCAUAACCAGUCUCCUCUACUAAUUAUUAUGAAAAGUAGAAAGUUAUUCUAACUGAAGGCAAUCCUAAAUAAGCUCUGUUAUUAGUUCAAAUAAAGCAGAUGCAUGUGUAUAUCGAUUUGUGACACAAGUUUUUUUACCUACCUCAUGAAUGUAAACUUUGAACUAGCUUCACUGUUUACAUGCUCAAGACUCAGCUGCAAGCCCUUGAAAGUAGCCUUCUCCCUACCAUAGAGACCAUAUUAAGAGUGGGAAAUAGAUUUUUCGUGAACAGGUUCUAUGAAAAAAGGCUUUUCAAUAACAAUUCGCCCAACCAUUCACAAUCCCCUCUUGGGAAUACCCAAGGUAAAGUAAGUAACCGAAUCUGAAACUACAUUGCUGAUGAAGUUCGAGUGAUUCUAACGAAAUUUUGGUUUUAUUUCAUUUAUCGAUUCAUUAAUUUUAUUUUUUAAUUUUGUGCAGACUUUUGGAAAUAGUUGUUGUUUUGUCAGGGAAAAGCCAUAAAGAACACACGGGAGAUUCCACGAAUCAUGUGUACAGCUAACAGCGAACGUCAGAUUCAGGUUGACAAUUCGAGUUUCAAAUAAGGAAUAUCAGCGAAGAAAAACUGUUGAAAAUAAGUCAUGUGGAUGAACCUAACAUGAAACCUAUUGCUGUUGCUUAGAAGAGAUUGAAUUUGGUCACGUGGUGCAAAUUGAAGUCUGCCGUUUGCCGUAAACGUGAUUCUGAAUUUCUGUAACUUAUCAUUGUAAGCUAAUCCUCUGUAAUAGGGAUUUGCUUUCUUACAUGUACCUUUAACCCCUCCAGUCUUGUUUAUACUUAAAGCAGUGCUGUUACAUCAGUAUAAUUUAGUCUGUACAAAGACACAGACACUUGAAUUAAAUCGGCAUCAUGGCUAUUGUUGUCGGGCCAUUGUACUUGUUGUUUGUCCUUCGAAAGUUGAAGAUAACCAUGUCGAAGAUAACCUUUGUGGCCGUCUUUGAUGCAUGUCUUUGAAACGUUUCUUCUGCCCCAAAAGACCACUCGAUUUGACAGAGUUCUCCAUACAAUACCUGCUUUGGUAGUCGGCAACCAGGUAUUCUGGCGACAUGGCCUGCCCAUCUGAUCUGGGCUCUCUGUAGGAGGGUGUCAACGCUGGGGAUGCCCGCCCUUUCUAUGACCUCCUUGUCAGGAUUUUUGUCCUGCCAUCUGAUAUGGAGAAGUCUGCGGAGGCAGCUCAGGUGGAUAUGAUUGAGCUGGUUGGCGUGUACUUGUCUGCUGUACACAGUCCAGGUCUCACAUGAGUAGAGAAGAGUGAUGAGUACCACCCAUGGUAAACCUUCAGCUUAGUAGAGAGGCCGAUGGCUAUCCGCUCCCAGACAUUCUCACGGAGUCAUGGAAGGCAUCAGUCACCAUGGCCGAGAAUACUAUACUGAAGAGCGUCGAAGCAAGAGCACAGCCUUGUUUUACGCCCUUCGUUACUGGAAAGUAUUCCAACUCGUCUCUGUCAUGUCCAGAACUUUAACCGUCAUGCCUUCGUGAAACCGUCGCACGGUCGUUAUGAAUUCGCUGGGACAGCCAAACUUCUCCUUUGUCUUCAACAACCCGUCUCUGCCUACCGUAUCGAAGGCCUUGGUCAGGUCAGCAAAGGUCACAAAGAGGUCGCUAUUCUGCUCUUGGCAUUUUUCACGCACAGUCGUGGUGCAAACAGGUCUGUCGUAUCACAGGUGAAGUUUGAACUGAAUCACUUUCAUUGGUCGAAGUCUGUGCGGUAUUUCCUUUGUAGUGAAUACCGCCUUGCAUAUCAACUUGUUAGAGCAGAGUAAAAAAGAAAGGCCAUGGAAGCUGUUGUUUAUUCUCGGCUUUCAUUCCCUGGUAUCUCACUUUAAACGGCUUAUGCAGUGCGUGCUUACAAGCGGUCAUGAAUAACUAAUGAUGUCGACUCAUUCUGCGCGAUGAUGUCCUGAAAGGCGUAUUGUAAAAAAAUCCUAUAAUGUCAUGUCUCCUGCAGGGUGUAACGUUCCCAGCUAUGCAUGCCAUGUGGAGCUUUUGGGCCCCUCCCCUGGAAAGGAGCAAACUGAUCACUUUUUCUUAUGAAGGUAAAUACGUUUUAAUCCCGGUUUUAAUUCAGCCACCACCCGGUCAACUCGGUUGGAAAAAUGCCGGUUUGGUAAGUUGGAGUUCGUCUAUAUUUGGAUUCGCACACAACCCUCUAUAUUCACUCCGGUCAAAAUAGUAAAAUCUCCAAAGCAACAUUGGCCAGAACUUAGGGUUGCUCAUACGUUUUACGGUCAAAAUUAGUGAGGUUAAGCAAAGACGUUUUUGAGCGACGCACACGUCAACCAGAAGUGGAUCCAUUCUUGAGCAGUUUUUUUGCCCAAAUUUGCGUUCGAAUCGCGUUGAGACUGUACUACCCUUAGCAAUACAAAUUUGGAAGCGUUAUGGCUGAUUGAAAGAGAAAGGGGCUUACUUAAACGCCUUUACUUAAGCUCCCUAAUAAAAGAUAGAUACACCUCCAGGUUAGAUGUACACAAACCCAGUGCAAGAAUAGCUGUUUAUUUUUCUGCCUUUCGUAUCACAAAGGGAAAGAACUUGGCACUAUUGUUGGCAUGCCAUUGGCAGGAGUUCUCUGUGCAUCUGACAUCUGGGGAGGAUGGCCAUCUGUAUUUUAUGUCUUUGGUAAGUAUUUCCCCUGCAAUACAGUGCAUAAGGAGCCCUCCCUCCUGGGUAUACCUAAUUGUCAAUGAUGAUAUUUCUAUUUUUAGAAACACCUCCAGUAGAGACCCAGACGUAACUGAUAUAUAGUUAGUGCAGCGCGGUUGAACCGAAUUCCGCUAUAAAGAGCUGGGAAUGGCCACCAAAUAGAGUGUAAUAUAAAAAGACAACUCGUUAAUGGACGUUACCAAAUUGUUUUAUAUUGGCUAUGUUUGCAUAUAAAAUUGUAGAAUUAACCAAACUCAGCAUGAAGCAGGUUUGUAACGGAAGAAAAAAACAAUUCUCAUGUUGACAUUAAGUAAAGCAGUAAAGGGACAUUCAAACACGUAGCAAAUAAACUAUGGAAGGCGUGGAUGGUCAAAACUAAAGAAGAUGAAACCGAUUGCAGUGAGUGGGGCUUUUGAAACCGUUUAAUCUGAGUGCCAAAGUUAAAGUUUAUAUCUGUUAUCUGUAACCAUAAAUAAUCAUUUACAACCUCGGGAAGACAUAUUUGUUUGUUUUGGAGCUGUGAGUCAUUUACAAGUAAUUUCGAGGUAACCUGAAAGUUUUAUGACGAGCAAUAGGCAUCUACGCCCUGACACCACCCUUUAUAGAAGAUACUUUUGAUGAAGGCGUACAUUCAGUGUGGGUACUUCUUCCAUUACGACGAUACUUUUUUGGGAUUCCUCGAAAUAAUAAAAGUACUAUGAAACUCGCUGGUAGACCAUAGGUAAAUGAAUUUCUUCUUGACCAUGUGCUUAAUCCGUUUACUCCUAAUGGUGAAAUUUUCACAAUAAAAAUUCCAAUAUCUCUUUAAGAUAACUAGAAAAUAAGCAAUUCUUGAGAAAGGUUCUGUCAAAAGGGCUUCAUUUGAAUGGUAACACCAUUUCGAAGGUGGGCUUCGCGGUAUUUGUGACGGGCUCGUUUAUCGUUUGUCUCUCGAUGGAUGGUACUUUCCUAUGUCGUCUCGCGCGUAGGCUGGGACCAGGCUCUGCAGUGGGGGAAAAAGGCAAAAAAAGGGGUGAAAUAAGAAAAAUAUCGACGAGCAGGAAAAAAAUUUCGCUCUCCGAACUUUUGUUCUCGCACACCGGUGUUUUUCUCCUUUUUCCCCAAUGCGGAGCCUGGUCCCAGGCUAUAUUGCGCGUAGUCGUGAACGAAUACGUUUGUGUUUCUUUACAUACUGACAGAUUGGUGCACUUUAAAUGAAAUGUUUUAUUUAGGUGGUGUUGGCAUUUUAUGGUCUUUCAUCUGGAUGAUGUUUACGUACAACAGACCAGCUAAUCAUCCGAGAAUAUCCAUCAAAGAGAGAGAAUUUAUUCAUGCUACUAUAGGAGCAGGACAGGACAAAGGAAGAAGAGUACGGGAAUUAUGCUAACUUUAUUUAGUGGCACCCUUUUGUCGCUAAACAUAACUAUAGCACUAAUAGAACAGUUGGGACAGUACUCGCCAUUGCGCGGGCGCACUUGAAUGGCUUUUUGACUCCGCACGUAAGUCAUGCGGCAGAAGAGCUUUGGGUCGAGAUUGACUGCUAGCAAAAAAGCUGUCAGAAAUUCUUGUGUUUUGGUUAAAAAAAGCCUAAAAUUUCGCAAAUUUACUACAGUUAUGAUCAAUUCAUUUGGUAACAGAACGUUGUGUCAUCCAAUUCGGUCUGUGAUCAUAUUCUUGGUUAAACAAAUCGGACACCAGCGGUUUCCGAUUUUGUUAAUCACUCGUACUUAUUCCUAUUACAAUUAUUAAUCAUUUUGUUGACAAGUUGGCCAGUUACCCAUGUUUCUUACCCAUAAAUGAAGACGCCACUACUCGUGUCUGAGAGUGGUAUUCUGUUUCCAGGUCAGCGUGGUUGCAAGCAUUUCGGGGGAAGGGACUUUCGCGUCUUUAUUCCCAUUUUUUUUUUCUUCUCAGGGAUGGUUUGCAUUUUCAUUUGUUUCCAUUAUUAAAGUCACCUUGUAGGGCUAAAAUUCAGAGUUUCGGUGAGGAAUAUUUGACAGUGAUUUCACAAACUUGUUGAUGUAGCAUAUUUUAUUGUAUUCUAAUAUCGGGAAAUCUUGUUCACACAAAAUUGAUAUAAAGAAAAGAAAUAUCGUACUUCACCGAUGUAUCGGUAUAUCUUCGCAGCCCUAUCAUUUUGUUCUCAAGUUAUUCAACUUCCCUUGUUUCUUAUAUUAGCAAGAAAGGAAGACGUAGUGGCUUUAUGCGACUGAAAGUGGCUAUCCUGUGAGGAAGGGUUUGAGGAGAUUAAGGGACUCGCCUGCCUUUAUUGCUCCCCUUCCCCAGGUGUUACCCAUUGCCCUCCACUUCAAACGCCUUCCACGCAUACAAGCUCCAUACGUUCAAAUAGGCUUACCUGUGUGCCCCCCAACACUCCCAGUAUUCCCCAUUUCCUUUCGCUUUUCAAUAGAGCAAGAGUGGCAAAUUUUACGGAAAUUUCCCUCGAAAGUUCCCAGAAGGCACAAGAACUGAAUUGUUGAAUUUCCGAAAGGCGAACCAUUCAACCGAAAUGGAAUCAAUGGAAACAAAACUUCCUGGACGAAACUUUUGACACCUCACGUGGUUGUCGUCUUCUUUCGGAAAUUUUGGAAAUUGCUGGUCUAUUUGAUAUUGGAAGUUGCCAGAAAUUUAAACAGGAGAUUUUGGUUGAAAGGAAUUUGCUAGGUGGGGUUAGGGUGGAGGAGUGGCAGGGGUUUUUCUAGGUUUUGGAAUAUGUGACCCACUAACUACAUUGUUAAUUUUUUUUCAGAAAUAUGACACCCCAUGGUUUGCAAUCUUCACUUCGCCAGCCGUGUGGGGGAUAAUUGUCGCACAUUUCUGCAACAACUGGGGUUUUUACACCUUUCUUACUUGUUUGCCGUCGUAUUUUAAAGAAGUUCUGAACUUUUCAAUUUCUCAGGUGAGAAAGACGCAUUGUUAUAGAUCGCUUGUGGAAAGAAAGAAGAGGGCGAUCCCGUACCUAUUUGAAAGGUUGUUUUUGAUUAGCUGGGAAAACAAUAGAGAUUGUCACAUAGCAAUGUCCCUAUCCCUGAAAACAGUGGAAGUGCAGAUUAAAGGGGACCAGUAAAAUAAGAGGUUUAGAACGGUGCAGGUCUGCUGACAAACGCCGAACCUAUCCGAUAUUAAGUGACGUUCCACUUUCGAGAUGGGAGCGGCGCGGCUACGCUCCUAUACUAAAAUUACGCCGAAAUGGCUGUUUUUGUAUGUGAGCAGAAGCCAUACCCGGUAUGGGUUUCGUGCAGACGCAAGGGCGUUCCGGUUUAGUGUAAAUGUCAUCAAAAACGAAACGGUUGUUCUGGGACGACAAAACGUGAUCGUAAGAUGGGGCUAUUAUGGGGCUAUAUUACUGUAAAUGUACAGCUUACAAAUCUGAAUUUCCUUGUUGUCGUCCAUUCCACUUGUCAUCUUUGCUUGUGACUUAUGAGGUGUUCGGUUACUACCCGAAGCCUUUAUAUAUUUAUUUAUUUAUUCUGCACUCCAUGCCAGUGCAAGUUGUUGUGAAUUCAGUUUUUCUGUUGCGACUUAGGGCCUGUUUAUAUGGAGGUGGGGGACCCCAGGUAGGCGUGGUAACCCGCUUGGUUGGGAUAACCCGUCCGUCUAUAUAAUCUUUCAUUUUAAUUUGAUCACGUCUACAUGAUAGGAAGGGUGACCAUAUGAGAGAUUGUAUGGACAGGCGGGUUACCCCACCUAAGCGGGUUACCUCACCUAUCUUGGGUCCCCCACCUCCAUGUAAACGGGCCAUUAAUCAGUCGGCUUCUUAAAAAUACGUUGAUCAUUUAAAACUCGUAUUAUUUCAGAAUGGUCUUUUGUCUGCUGUUCCGUUUGUUUGUAUGUGCGUAACUGCUAUCGGUUCUGGUCAGCUUGCGGACUGGAUGCGUGAAAACAACGUAUUGUCUACUGGAGAGGUGAGGAAAGUCCUUGCUACAGGAGGUGAGUGCCUUCAAGAUCCACAUACAAAUUCUCCAGACUGAUCUCCAUGAAUAGUUAAGAGAAUUUGGUUUAAGAUCCCAAUGCCUUUGAUAAUGAAUUUAGUAAUUGUCAUAACCUUUACUGUUGAUGAUCUGCUGAUGUUGUAAGGAGAAAAUUGAUGUUGGUCACUCUUGGGACCAAAGGAUUAAAAAUGAGAGCCGUAAUACAAAAGGUUGGUGAGGAAACAAGUCUCUUUGAAGUCGCCAGGUUAUAUCAUUUUGACUGGAUGAACAAACAAUGGUUAUUCCAAAUUAGCGAACUUGUCUGCCAUUCACACUUUUCACAUUGCCCAUAAUGCAUCUUGCUUUAAUUUACCCCUGACUUACUUCCACGUAAGAAUUGAUUUCAAUCCACCAUACGGAAAAAGUUGGCGGCUGUAUAUUUUACCACAUUUCCUUUCGAACUUAACACGGCCAAUUACACAUAAAGUCAUAGGAAGACAAUGCUUCAGAAUUGUGGGGUUAAACAUGUUUUAGUAAGAGUAGUAUAAAAAUGGGGCCAUUGUAUUCUCCUUUCUUGCUGUUUUAUGGUCAUAACACCACGUUUCUGUCCACAAGCAAUAGUCAGUCAAAGGACUGACGACAGAUUGGGUUUCGUUUGUUGGUAAGUAGGUAAAUGUUUGGGUGGUUUGCUAACGGCAAGCUCUCUACAGCGGCCACUUUUUUGGCGGACAGUCCUUACAUUGACUCUUGUUUAAACCUCUCUAGAACGGCCACCUUUCUACAUCGGCCACUUUCUUCUGUUCUCAAGGUGGCCGUUGUCGAGAGCUUCAACUUUAUCUGCAUGUAGACGUUCUGAGAAUUCUUUCCAGUUUCACUUAGUGAUCUGUUUCUGUAUCUCAGGUUACCUUAUACCUGCCUGCCUGAUGGUAGCUACAAGUUAUGUUGGCUGCAACUCCACCAGCCUGGCUGUUGUUUUAUUUUCACUGGCCCUAGGGGCCUCUAAUCUUAAUGCGGCUUCCUACCGUGUCAAUCAUUUGGACAUCGCUCCUAGAUUCUCGGGAGUUCUGAUGGGAAUCACAAACUCAGCGGGAACAAUUCCAGGGAUCAUUGGACCUUUUGUAGUAGGACUGUUAACAGACAAUCAGGUAUGUUUUUGGAGAAAUGAUUACGUUUUG